CUAAAAGAACGUUCUCCACAAGCUUGGAAGCGCCGUUUGUUUUCCAGCUGCACAUAUCAUUUCUCGCCCGACCACAGUAAUCUGACCUUCAAUCUGGACUGGAACAGUGAAAAGCUCCCCAAAAAAUACAAAAAUGUUUUGUCUGGAAACUACCUAAUAUGGUACAUCAAUACUCAACUCAACAGCGGCGCGAAAAGAUGCCUCAAUGUCGAUGGAGAAGGACAAGUUGAUGAUAGUUCAGGGCUCCUCAUCGUGACAUCGGUUGUGAAGGGCCUCUGCAAAAAUUUCACCACCAAAACUUUCAACAACGGUUUGUUCACUGUUAAGAAAUGCUCACUCUUGGGUAAAUCUGCCAAGCGGGUGGAGGGCCAGUUGCUUGGUGAAUAUGAACUAAUUCUGUUGGAGAAAGGAAACCCACCUGCUGGUCCAAAGGUCAACCAUAUUUUCUACGUUUACAAAACAAAUGAGCCGGCUUCUGGAUGCAAUUUUGAAGGCAACUGGGGAAGCUAUGAUCGUCCUGAGGGUGAGUUGAACGGUAGCCUGCCUUAG